AUGAAUAGAGGGUCAGUAGAUGAUGGGCCCAAACUACGUGAAGAAAAGCAUUUCCAGGAUUUUUAUCCAGACCUUAAUACCGAUACUUUACUGCCGUUCAUUGUUCCCUUAGGCGAAACAAAUAAUGACAACACCAUUGACAGUUUAAAUGAUAUCCCUAACUUCAAAGACAGAAAAAACGAGAAUGCUAAGAGCGUGCAGACAAAAGAGUUGAUCUUCAAGGGGAAAGUUACUAUUGAACCAUUACUAUUGAAAAAAAAUGAAGUGGAGUUUCAAAAAUGUAAACUUUCGGCAAAUAAUUUGGAUGUUAAAAAGGCUUCGUACAUUCCUAGGCCCAAUGACAAUUUUAUCUCCAAAUAUUACCACAUGAAUAGGCCAAGAGGUAGAAAAGCUCAUAGGUUACAGAAAUUAGAAUUUGAUGAGUUAGAAACGCCUUAUUUCACUAAGUUUUCUGGUGGAAAAGUCACAAGCAGUACCGAUUCGACGCCUUUGAAGAAUGCAAUCCAAAAAUUUGGUGAAAUUUCAUCCAAUUUGGCGAAUUUCAAGCCGCAGUAUGAUAUGGAUGAGCAAGAUGAAUUAUAUUUACAUUACUUAAACAAGAAAUAUUUUAAAGAUCAAAUGUCUCAUGAAGUAUUUGAAAUCUUAAUGACCAUACUAGAAAUUGAAUGGCUUCAUAUUGAAAAGCAUAUACCUACAACUAAUACCCUUAUUGCAAGACACAACGUUUUAAGAGAUUGCCAAAAUUUUGAACUUUAUGGUUCUGAUGAUGGGACAGGCUUAUCUAUGGAUCAAGCAUGCGCAGUUUGCUUAGGUACAGACAGCGAUAACUCUAAUACAAUCGUUUUUUGCGAUGGAUGUGAUAUUGCAGUGCAUCAAGAAUGUUAUGGUAUAAUCUUUAUUCCAGAAGGUAAGUGGUUGUGUAGACGAUGUUUGAUCUCGAAGAAUAAUUGCGUUACUUGCCUAAUGUGUCCAAGUCACACAGGUGCCUUCAAGCAAACGGACACCGGUUCCUGGGUACAUAAUAUUUGUGCAUUAUGGCUUCCAGAGCUAUAUUUUUCAAAUUUACAUUAUAUGGAACCCAUAGAAGGUCUUCAGAAUGUCAGUAUAUCCCGUUGGAAACUUAAUUGCUACAUCUGUAAGAAGAAAAUGGGUGCUUGCAUCCAAUGCUUUCAGAAGAAUUGUUUUACAGCAUACCAUGUUACAUGUGCCCGUCGAGCUGGUCUCUACAUGAGUAAAGGGAAAUGUACUAUUCAAGAAUUAGCAAUAAAUCAAUCUCCGCAAGAGUACUCAAUCGAGAGUUUUUGCCACAAGCAUGCACCUAGGGGAYGGAAAUCUGACAUGGAAGGUAUUACUAAAACAAGGAAAUAUUUCUUUCUACUUUCGAAAUUUCUAACUGAAACACCCCGGUACAAUAAAACACAAGAUGACUCAAAAUUUAAGAAAACAGUUUGGAAAACGUCUAGUCAGACGCCUGUGGCGCCGUACGUUUUUGCAGAAAUACUACAAAAGGCUCUUGAUUUUUUUGAUUUGGCCAACCCUCCAUCGGCUUCAUUGGAUAUUUGCAGAUAUUGGUCGAUGAAAAGAGAGUUUACCGGAGGUACUCCAUUGAUUACCUCUUCUGAAAACAAUCCGUUUGGCUCACUGACUGAGGAGCAACUACAAACAAGAAUGGAUUUUGCCGAUGAUCAACUCAAAGACUUACACAGACUGAAAGAACUGACCAGUUUGGUGAAGAAACGGGCACAAACCUCGACAACUAUGUGCAAAACUCAAAAGAAGAUUUGUGACAUAAUUGAAUCUCCGCAAAAAUAUCUUCUGAAAUAUAGUGUGUUAGAUAUUUUUGUCAAAUCAGAACAAUUUAAAGCUUUGGAAAGACUUGUCACUGAGCCUAAAUUAAUAGUUAUUUUGGAAAAGUGUAAGAACAACAGCUAUGAUACCGUCCAACACUUUAAGACAGAAAUUACGUAUUUUUUCUCUACUUUAGAAAACCUUCCUAACACACCAAGAAUACUUCAAACAGUUUUGUUCAGGGCGAAAGAGCAAGUGUCAAAUUUGACUGAGCCCAUAGAGCAUAUGAAUAUAAAAAAGUUACUAGCCAGAGAUUUUAUAAUAACUGACGGAAAUCAAGUAGAAGAAAGGCCUUGGAGUGGGCCAGUAAUCAUGGAGGAAGAAGAACUAAGUGAUGCGGAAGAACUUAGUGCAGGUGAGCGUCGCGUACUGAAACUCAUCCUCAAUAACAAGUGA